UGGUGCACGAUAUCGUCUUGUCCGUGAUGCAGAUUGGAAUGGACGCAGGAGAAUGUGCGCUGGAUUGGCGCGCGUUUCUCAGUGUUCCCGAAGAUGAAGGAACCAGACUGUUCUUCAUUGUCGGAUGUAUCUUCCAGAGAUCACACUUCUGUCCGCCGCGCUACGAAUCUACAACAUCCAGCGCCUCUUCCGGACGCGUUCUUCUGGGAUCAAGCUGAUAGCAGCCGGCGCGCGGACCACAUCCGUCGAAGCAUUGAAGCGCAUCCAGGACGCUGAGAACGACCCUGAUCUGCAGCUGUCGCUUCUUUCACUGAACAGUUUGCGCCAAAAAGUGAUUAUAACCAUCGCGGUCGCUGCUCCGGGCAUGGUGAAGAGUGCGAUGAUGCUGCUCGUCAGUAUUGUGGUAGCGAAACAUCAAGGGAGCGGCCUCACCCUUUUGCUCGCGUUUGGCUUCAGUUGCCUCGUGUUUGCCAUCAACUUGCAAGAAACGUUAGGAUGGUUUCACCUUCGGGAUACAUACAGGAAAGAGAAACAAGCAGCCGACACCAAAUUGGCCAGUCUAGGACUUCGAAGGCCAGACGGGUAUCAUCACCGCACGCAGACCGAGAAAGAUGCGGUCGACUACUCGGAUGAAGAAUCUAAGGCUGGGGGCGGCGGAAAACGCAGAGAAAUCGAGGCCCCGGGAGGGGAGACCCCCUCGCCGGUAGACGGGGUUGCGACUGAAAAACAUAUAGCAUCCCAUGCAUUGGAAGACGAAGAGAACCCAUAGAGAGAUUGACGUCUAAUUCCAUCGCAUUUGACUUUACUCGUUGAUGCUCGUUCCCUCGAAACUUCAUACCCGGAAACGAGUGUGUUUGAGACUUUGAGUCGGUGAGAAUUUGACGCGUUUUAUUUGAUAUUUUUGCCGG